AUGAGAACCGUCAGUGUCACACUUUUCGUCGUCGUCGUCGCAUUAGGCCUCAGCGCCUGUCUUGGUGAUGACUUUUUUGAUGACGACUACAGCUACGGACAACCCCAGUACUCCGGCGGAUACGUGAUGUCAUAUCCCCAGUACGGAGGAAUGUCAUACGGAAAGGGUUACGGAAAGGGGUACGGACACGGAUACGGACACGGAUACGGAAAGGGAUACGGAAAGGUUGAGAGCACUGUUAUCCGAGCCCCCUACGCUGUCCCUUUUUACCCACCACCACCACCUGCAGCUUUAGCCGCCGGAGGAGAUGAUGGUAUUUUCGGAGGAAACGGACUGUUGUUCCUGCUUUUGUUGCUGCCAUUCCUCCUCAAUAACAACGGAGGACUGCUCGGUUAG